CUUUUCUUCAUUCAGUGUCAAAGUAGCCGAGUAAAGCGAAGUUGUAAGAUUAGYACGAGUUGCAAAAAUGUGUUACUURUUURGUCUGCUAUUUCUCCAGGCAGUUUUGCUUAGCAGAGGAGAGAGCAUCCUUUCAGUUACGAGCUACGGCUCUCUGCAGAUUUCAAUGGUCCGGCAUGGUGAGAAAUACGCCACUAACCGGGAUUGUUACAGGUACGAGGACGUCCCUCCAAGAUACCACGGGAUGAYGCACCUUCGUGGUCUAAACGACAAGCUAGGGACCAUAAGCGUACAAGUGAACGUUGCGGUGAAAGUAUACCUUGCUGUUGAUUCCCGCUAUCCUUAUAUCCACGGUGCAGGGUAUCGWAAUACCGGAGAUAUCAUCAUGCUCGGGGGAUGCCAUGCAAGAACACCGUUCCUUAUCUACGAAAGCGUAGCGCCUCAAGGCCCWGGAGUCGUCCAAGUUAAUUUCCCACAUUCCCGCAUGACGGGGAUUUUCUUGCGGGAUUCUCGCGCGGUGAAGCCCGAAGCUGAACUAAUAGUAACUGUUUCCAGACCAAGUUGGGAGAUCAGUACGGUACGAGAAGGAGAAAAGUUCAGUACGAAUCGARAUUGCUAUACCAUGGCCGAUGUGCCACCGAGGUUCUACGGGAUGACGCAUAUCCGGGGCAUAAAUGACAAACCAACUCGAGUCCAGUUUACAGUCAACGUACCUGUAAAGGUCUACGUGGCAUACGACUCGAGGUAUCCUAAUCCGCUCAACACCAAUCUAUUCAASAGUACCGGGGAAAAGAUCGUACACGCGGGAUGUCACCCGCGCGUGGACUUCCCGGUAUCGGAGUGGGUGGUCAACCGGCCAGGACUUAUCACUUUAGACUUCAAUGCGAGUCGAAUGAUGGCGAUCUUUGUCACACCGUUAUACUGUGACUACACUUUUAAAUCUGGAGUUUACUCCUAAAAAAAGCCCUUACGAUCAGCGAGUUCAUCAUUUUGAAAAUUGUCUUAGGUAAACGUUUUACUCUAUUAGGGCAGUGCCCAGCCUUAGUAAGCUUAAUUAAACGAGUGAUAUCGAUAAUUACUCGAGUAGGGUUUUCUARUUCUCGCAAAGUCAUUUAUAAACUUCUUGUAGGAAUUUUAACCCGUAUUUUAUUCAUUUUUCAAGAAAUUGAAUUAAUUACUAUUUAUCUCUUGUAAACUCAUCAAUGUCAUUUAUCUACAUCAAAUUAUUAUGUCCUUCUUUUGUGAAUUGUAGCUGACAAUCAUUCAAUUAAAGAAAUGGUGAACAUA